AGGGGCGGGGCGGGCCUGGCCGUGGCGAGGGUAGGGGUGUCAUGGCUUCCGUGGUGAGGCUGAGGCCCGUCCUCGGAGCCGCCGGGCGGCACGUCCUGGGAGCCCGGCACGCGGGAGGCGGCGUGCACAUCCCCCCGCAGUACCGGCAGUACCCGCAGCUGACCAAGUCGCAGGUGUUCCAGGCGGAGCUGUGGAGCGGCGCCAUGUGGUUCUGGAUCCUGUGGCGCUUCUGGCACGACUCGGACGCCGUCCUGGGACACUUCCCCUACCCGGACGCUUCCAAGUGGACGGACGAGGAGCUGGGCAUCCCCCCAGACGACGAAGAUUAGCGGGGAUCCUUCCCGCUCCGCUCCCAGGGCCGGCGGCCAUCUCCAGGAGAAGCCGGUUCACUGGCGGCACGGACUCUACCGCCGUUUCCUUCCCGUUGUAUAUUAAAAGUCGGAAUCCCGGGC